GACCUGGUGACAGGUUGGCUGAGUCGCUUCACUGCCGCCCUGGAGCAGGGGGCAGUGAGCAAUGGCAUCUUUGCUGCCGAAUGCUACUGGAGGGAUCUGGUAGCCUUCACCUGGAAUCUGAAAACCAUGGAGGGCCAGGAGGCAAUCGAAGAGAUGGUGAAGACCGUGAAGCCCAAAGCCACCUGGGCCAUCAAAGGUGAUGCGCAAGACGCCGGCGAGGGUCGCGUGGAAGCAUGGCUCACUUUCGAAACGGAGCUGCUCCAUGGGGUGGGUCAUGUGCGGCUGAAUGCGGAUGGCACAUGUUGGACCCUGAUGACCGCAGCAGAUCAGCUGAAAGCUGCUCCGGAUCCGUCAGGGCCUAACCGCUCUGAGGGAAGGCCCUAUGGUUCCAUACGAGGUCGUGUGCCAAUCACCACGCAAGCGGAAGAGAAGAGAGCAGCCCUUGGAGUUGAUGAAGAACCUUUUGUGGUCAUCGUUGGCGGUGGCCAAUGCGGCCUGGCUCUGGCCACACGGCUGCAGCGGAUGUCGGUGCCCUACGUGGUGCUGGACCAAAAUCCGCGGCCCGGGGACAGCUGGCGCAACCGCUACGACUGCCUCCACCUGCACGAUCCCAUCUUCGCCAAUCAUCUGCCGCACCUGCCGCUGCCGGACCACUGGCCACUGUGGAUGCACAAGGAUCAGAUGGCCCAUUGGUUGGAUGUCUAUGCUUCGGCCAUGGAAGUGAACUUCUGGGGCAGUUCCACUUGUUCCUCCGCCAGUUGGGACGCAACGCAGAAGCAAUGGCUGGUGAAGGUCUCUCGCGAGGGAUCAGAGGUGACAUUGAGACCGAAACACCUGGUGCUGGCCACGGGUUUGUAUGGCAGCCCCAUGAUGCCCGAGCUGCAAAAUCGCGAGAGCUUCAAGGGCGAGGUGAUGCAUUCCUCCGCCUACAAAAAUGGGAAGAGCUACCAAGGCAAGAAGGCAGUGGUGGUGGGUUCCAAUACCUCUGCACACGACAUUGCCGAAGACCUUUGGGAAUGCGGCGCUGAAGUGACGAUGGUGCAACGUAGCGCCACCAUGGUGAUCCACAUCGACACCCAGCUGGAGACGGUCUUCGAUCUCUACAACGACGCCGCCCAGGCGAAAGGCAUCACCACUGAGGAAGCGGAUUUGAAGAGCACCACGAUGCCCUACCGCAUCGUCACGGAGCUCCAGAAGAAGCGUUGCAAAGAGAUCAAGGAGAAGGAUGCGGAGUACUACAAACAACUGGAAGAUGCCGGUUUUCGCCUGGAUUUCGGCGAAGACGAGAGCGCCAACAUCAUGAUGUUCCUCCGCCGUGGCUGCGGGUACUAUUUCGACACGGGCGCUUCUGAUUUGAUCAUCAAACGAGAGGUGCAAUUGAAGCACGGCUCAGUGACCGGCCUCUCGGGCUCCGGCUGUGUGCUCUCGGACGGCCAGACGCUCGACGCGGAGCUGGUGGUGAUGGCGACGGGGUAUCGACCGCUGAACGAGGCGGUGGAGAAGUUUUUGGGCAAAGAGGUCUCCGCGAAGCUGGGCCGCGUCUGGGGGUUGGGCUCCAACAUCGGACCCAACGACCCAGGGCCCUGGCAAGGCGAGCUGCGGAACAUGUGGAAACCCACAGCGCAGGAAGGGCUUUGGGUGCAGGGCGGCAACUUGGGACUGUCUC